AUGCCACAUUCUGCCUACCGCUGGGCCGCGCCGCGCGGCCCGCGCGGCACUUUGGGCUACACAAAGAUCAGACCCAAGCUUGCCGUGCAGCUUGCAACUGUCCAGGUUGCCGAAAAGGAGGGCAUCGAGGAGCGCAGGAAGCUGCUGUUGCAAGACCUUCCAGACAAUGUGUUUGUGCAAAUUCUCAGGCACAUGGGUCUGCAACGCCUGAAAGCAGUGCAAGUCUGCAAGAGAUGGCUGGCCCUGGGGCGGGACCCUUGCUUCACAACAGUGGUGCAAGGGCAGCGCUUGAACAUGGCGAUCAGCGCAGCCGGGCCUGGAGACACCAUCUCCAUACGGCCAGGGUUCUACCAGGAGAUCUUGCUCGUUGAGAAGCCGCUGAAAUUUGUGGGCCAGAGUGGCCAGGACAUCCAAGGACGGGAGCGCCGUGGCGUUGUCAUCCAGUCCAAUCGCUCCAUGACAUGCUUCCAGAAUAUUGUCUUCCGGGCCAUCAUGCCCAGCACGGACCGCAGCAUCAUCAGUUUUGGGCCAGCAUGCUCGUACAUCCGAUUGGAGAAUUGCGAGCUCGGAGGCAUCACUGGACUUCUGAUACCUGACAGCAAGGGUCCAGACACCCAGCUGUUCCUGAAAGGCUGCUACUUGCAUGGCGUGCCUCACAGCGCGGCAGUCUUUGCAGAAGCUGGCAAGGGUGUGGAGGUGGACAUAAAGAACAAUGAUUUGUCCUUCAACGAGGUGGCUCUGGUGGUGGAUGGCCACGGCGUGAUCCAGGACAACAUCAUGUGGGGCAACCUGCACCGCUCCACCAUCGACGUCAGCCCAGAAGCCCUCGAGCGCCUGGAGGCGCAGAUGGCGACGGAUGCAGCGGCAGGGCAACAGGCUGCGGAUGCUGCUGCUGCUGCUGCUGCAGCGGCCCCUCAGGAGGGAGCGGCGGCGGCCGGCGCGGCGCCUGAUGCAGGGCAGCCAGCGGAGGCUGCUGAGCCGGCCAGCCCGGAAGGCGGCUGUCGCGCGCGCGGCGCAGCACCGCGGCUGCCGUCCAUCCGCUUCUCGGGCAACCACAUCAUGAAACCCCUGCGGCUGCGCCACCACGACGCCGACCAGCAGAAGAUCCGGAAGAGGGCGAAGAAGCUGGCUGCGGAGGUGUAUGGGGAGCACGAGCAGGGGGGCGACUGGGAUGACGAUGGGGAGUGGCACUUAGUGAAUGAUGGGGACCUGGACUCAUCCGAUGAGGAUGACAAUGCCAGUGUGCACUCCUCAGACCUCUCAGAUCACAUGCUGGGGGACCCCGAGGACUACUCCUCCUUUUCGGAUGACAGCGAUGAUGAGUCGCUGCACAGCAGCGAGUUUGACACCAGCGAUGAAGACUUGGACUCUUCCGACAGCGAGGAUGAUGGGGCUGCCUAUGAGGGGUCUGACGUAGAGAAUGAGGGCGGGCAGGAGCAGCCACUGCAGGACGGCAAUGCACAGGAAUGA